AUGCCUUAUGAUUUGCACAACCCUUUGACGGUCUCGCUACCUUACAAUUUUGUAAGUGCUCAGGACUACCCUACCGAGAUUAUGGCCAAUAGAUUCUCUGCUUGGAGAGCCAUUAUUAAGGAACUACUAAAUUAUUUUAAAGAGUAUGCUAGUGUCCAAGAGGAAAUUGUUAGGCAACAAUCUAGAUUGGUGCAAGCCUUGAGCAUCACUGCUAGAGGAAUACUUCUACCUAACGGGAGCAACUACCCUGCCUCACCACCGUCGGGAAGCAGCAAUCACAGCUUAGCUGUCAAUCAGGAUAUCGAAUUAAUUAAUAAAUCAUUUUUACCUAUAGGCAAUGGAUCCGUUCAAGACGUACCGAAUGUCUUGUUUAAAUAUCACCAACAAAACGUCACCAACUCUUCAAAAACACUAAAGGAUAUAAAUGCUAUAAUUAUCCCGAAACUAGAGGAAUUGAGGAAAGAUUUGCUUGUCAAAAUUAAGGAGAUUAGAAAUCUACAAAAUGAUUUCAAGAAUAACUUGGCAAAGGAAAUGGCAGAAACUAAAUUGUUGAUUGGACAAUAUAACCAGGCUAUUGAUAUGGCGGGUAAACUUGAUGGUAAUCACAGCCUUCAUAAUCACCAUGACGGAGAUCAUGGGAAGUUUGAUCCUUACUUGGUGAAGAUUAGAUUGGAUAGACAAAUGAAGAGACAGUUGGUGGAGGAAAAUUACCUAUAUGAUGCAUAUGCCAAUCUCCAAAGCUCAGGAAAACAAUUGGAAAGUAUUGUUGUUUCCGAAAUUCAAAAUUACAUGUCAAUGUUUUUAAAUUUGAUUCGAGAAGAAAACUCUACAUUUAAUGAUUAUUUGGUCCCAGAUAUUACCAAUGGGUUUUUGUCCAAGGAAUCAAAUUUUGAGUGGAAUGCAUUCAUCGAGAGAAGUUUACCGUCAAAUAAUCUUAGUGUUAGUGCCGUUGGUAAUCAAACUACAUCCUCGGUUAAAAAUGGAACUUUUAUCGACUUGGAUAUCCCAAAAAGACAUUUUCUGGAUUUCAUUAUUAGGCAUUUCGAUUCUAAUUUAAGUGUUGUUGUACGAGAAGGACCCCUUGAGCGGAGAUCAAAGUUUUUGAAAAAUUAUUCAAGUGCAUGGUAUGUCCUUACUUGCUCAUUUAUUCACGAGUUCAAAUCAAGCGAUAGGAAGAAAGAGCCACACCCAGUCAUGUCCUUACCGUUAGAUUCAUGUACAGUGAGUGAUCAUUCUAAAGACGAUGGUAAACCUAAUGGUGUUUACAAAUUCAUCCUUACCUCGAAGGUGGCUAGUGCCUUAAUGAACAAAACUCAUAAAUGGGUGUUUAGAACUAAUACAUAUCAAAAUAUGAUUGAUUGGUUCAACGACAUUAGAAAGUUGACCAGUUUACCAACCCCAUCGGCAAGGGCACGAACAUUGCCAAGCAGGUCUCGUGAAAACGUAAAUUCUGCUGCCUUGGCCAAGUCUAUAUCUGGCGCAUCAUCGUUGCGUUCACCGUCAAAAUCACUGAAAACUAUUGAUUCAAACAACUCCUCCGGGUCUAAUUUGCAGAGAAGUGGAACCAAAAAUACAAGGCCAUUGUCACAAGCAACUUCCAUAGCAAAUGCCAAGAGAUUGUCAUCUACAUUUUCGCAAAAAAAUAGCCAGUCUCCAAGAUUGCCCAACAUGGUGAAUAGCGAUGGCACUUUAAUUACACCUGUUGACACAUAUGGAGAUUCGAGACGUAGUUCUAGUUACAAGAAUCAUCAAGGUGUAUACUACCCGCAAGAUCAGACGCAUCAAAGGCAACAUAAACAACAAGAGCAGCAGCAGCAGCAGCAGCAGCAGCAACCGUAUCAACAACUGAUACCGCAGUUGCGUAGUCAACUGCCAGGAGUUCAGUAUCAACCAUAUCAAUUGAUCCCUGUUGAAACUAUGAGUACUUCCGGAAUACCACCUGAUCGUCACCAGAAUGAACAGUAUCUCCCACAACAACAGCAGCAACAGACCUAUGCCACUACACCGGGAAACGUGCCUUAUUAUAUACCUACAACUUCACAGCCACAACAAUUUUAUGAUCCUGUUCAACAACAGUACUAUACCAUUACUCCAUCAAUACCGAAUACCGGAAUGAGUCAACAGCCUAGAGCCCAAUCUUCACAGCCACAGCCUCCAGCUACACCACAACCUCAAUUCUUCUCUACGUCUCCUAAGGCAACUCCAAUACCAGUUUUGAGCACCUCACCAAUUGUGCAACCUUUCGAACCAGCUUAUUUUACAACAUAUCCUCAGCAAGAACAACAACAACAACUGCAACAACUGCAACAACUGCAACAACUGCAACAACUGCAACAGCAACAACAACAACAACAACAACAACAUCCAGUUAGACCAGACUCUGCCCCAUACCCAAUGUCGCUCAACACGGAGCAUGGAACUCAAAGUGAAGCAGCUGAAGAAAAUAGUGGUGGCGAGGCAACAGAGCAUAGUGGCAGGGAAGCAAGUAACACAUUAGUGAAUAAUGGACAAGACGUAUCGCAAGCCACCGGCGGUGUUGAUUUAGGUCAAGUUUACGGAGUUCCAAGACAGCUAUCAGCUGAUGAAGUAUCAACUUUGAAAAGCAGCGAUGUGAAACAAACCGAAAAUACAGUCGACGCUAGUGGAGAUAUAAACAUAGUAAUCAAUAGAGAUACAUGA